GUUUAAUGUUUUGUACGUGACACAACGUUUUUUUUGCGUGUUACUGUCAUGGCGAGUAUAGCUUUUAAUUGUGAGCACGGUUCUGAAACACAGUUUGUGAAUACUGGUAGAGCGAGUUACUGUUACGGCAAUAUCCCGACUCGGCGUCAACGGCCGAGUCGAUUUUGCUGGCUCUCUCACCAUGAGUGCCUGUGCAGAGCCUGGAUACCUGCCAUUUACCAGAUUAAAAGCCCUGUGCUCUCUCUCGCUCUCUCUCUCUGCUGGAUGCUGCUGAACUAUGCUAUAAUAAUAAAAGCAAGUGUACAGACAGUACAGGGCCAGUACAGCAAUGCUAAACAAAAACAGUGUUCAGUGACAGACAAUUCAAGGAGCAGAUAUACCAGCCCUUUUUCAGAAAUGGAGACAUUCCUAAAGAUUGGCAGCAUGUAUCAGAUUGUGCCGGUGGCUCCUGGGGAGCAGCAGAUGGCUGGGGGACCCGGAGGCUCUCCACUUAAGAAGAAACUUUCUCAUGAAGGUCGGCCACUGGUGAUGGCAAGUAUGUUGGGCUGUGUGCUGGUGCUAGCUGCUGUGGUCGCCUGGUGCUAUUACUCAGUGUCGCUUCGUAAAGCCCAGUUGUUCAAGACAGCGUUGUUAGACCUGAACAAGGAUGGUUUUAUUAUUCACAACCAAGCUGGGGCUGUUGUCUUCACUAUGACAUUCAGGUCUGGCACUCUGGAUCUGGACUCUUGCUCAAAGGAGGGAGAUAUUCUGAGCUGCACUCAGUCAGAUUCUGGCAAGCUCAACUUUUUUAUCCAAACAGUUCGUCCAAAGGACACGGUGAUCUGUUAUCGUGUUCGCUGGGAGGAGCUGCAGAAUAAGCACUUGGUAGAGCAUGUCAUGGCCUAUAAUGACUCUCAUUGGUAUGGAGGGGCAGAGACGGCAACACAGUACUGGCCUAUCAGAUUUCAGGGAGAAGAGGAACCACGACCUUUCAUCACAAGUGACGUCUACUCCAAUCGAAAUGCUUUUGGAGGAAUUCUAGAGCGGUACUGGCUGUCAUCAAAUGCAACUGCCAUUAAGAUUAAUGACUCAGUACCGUUUCAUUUGGGCUGGUCAGAGAAGAACAGGACACUGAGGUUCCAGGCCCGGUACCAGGACUCUCCCUUCAGACCACUAGAAGGACAGCAGACCUUUCCUGAACUCAGUUAUAGAGUCUGUGUGGGGUCAGAUGUCACCUCUAUUCACAAGUACAUGGUGCGCCGGUAUUUCACAAAGCCUAUCAAAGUCCCAUCUGCUGAUUUGUUCAAAAAACCAGUGUGGUCCACAUGGGCUAUCCACAAGACAGCUGUAACUCAGGAGAAGCUGCUGCGCUAUGCUGCUGACAUCACUAGGCAUGGCUUCAACUGCUCCCAUCUAGAGCUGGAUGACCGCUACACAGCAGAUUACGGAGAGUUUGACUUUGACCCGCAGAAGUUCCCCAAUGCAAGCGGCAUGUUUGACAAACUAAGAGAGGGCGGCUUUCAAGUUACACUCUGGACGCACCCUUUUAUCAACUAUGACUCCAUUAAUUUUGGUGCAGCUGUGGAGAAAGGGCUAUUUGUCCGUGAGCCAGGCGGUGAGCUGCCCGCUCUGGUUCGCUGGUGGAACGGGAUUGGAGGAAUCUUGGACUUCACAAACCCAGACGCUCGUGAAUGGUAUUCCUCAAACUUAAACAUGCUCAAAAGUCGCUAUGGGGUGACCUCCUUCAAGUUUGAUGCAGGAGAGACGAGCUACCUGCCCCGUCAGUUUAGUACCCUGGGCCCACUGUCAAACCCUUCCACCUUCACCCGCCGCUACACAGAGAUGGCCAUACCAUUUAUGGAGCAUGCUGAGCUAAGGGUGGGUUACCAGAGUCAGAACAUCUCCUGCUUCUUCAGGAUCAUUGACAGAGACUCGGUGUGGGGUUAUGAGCUCGGCCUCAAGUCCAUCAUCCCUACUGUUCUGACUAUAGGCAUUCUGGGUUACCAGUUUGUCUUACCUGAUAUGAUAGGAGGAAAUGCAUACCCGAACCAUACUGCAGGUGGGUUAAAUGGUCUGCCAGACAGAGAACUGUACAUCAGAUGGUUGGAGCUGUCUGCCUUUAUGCCUGCCAUGCAGUUCUCCAUACCUCCAUGGGCUUAUGACAAUGAGGUGGUAAAGAUAGCGCAGAAGUUCACAGGGCUCCAUGAAACUCUGGUGGCACCAAAAGUUCUUGAAUUGGCACACGUGGUUCUUGAUACAGGAGACCCAAUCAUAAGGCCCCUCUGGUGGAUUGCCAAUGAUGAUGAGGCUGCCUAUAAGAUCGAUUCCCAGUUCCUGAUUGGGGAUGACCUCAUGGUGGCUCCAGUGUUGGAGCCAGGAAAGCAAGAGAGGGAUAUCUACUUGCCUGCAGGACGAUGGAAAAGCUACAAGGGGGAACAUUAUGAUAAAGGUCCCAUGUACCUCACUGAUUACCCUGUGGACCUGGAUGAGAUCGCUUUCUUUACAAGGGUUCUUUGAAGGCAUUAAAGAAUUGAAAACCGGACACACACACACGCACGCGCCCGCACACACGCACACAUUCUUUUGAGCACACAUGCCAAGUAAAAGCAGGGAGGCACCACCAGAAGCUUGAGUUGAGAGUAGAGUGACAUUUUAAUGAAAAUUAACCUCAUGUCUCUUCCAUCCUGCUCUUUGUCAGGACUUGUGCCUGCAGAUUAAAACCCUCCGCCCAAAGAAUUAGAAUUACCUUCUAAUUCUCAUUUUGCAUCCUUAAGCUAAUCCUCAUCCUUGUGUGCCUUUCACAGCCAAUAGAAGAUCCGAUCUGUGAUUGUAUCAUCACCAUUCUUAGCCUUAGUGGCCAUCUAAUACUGCGUUUUUUUUCUCAAAGCCCAAAGCUCUACAGCAAGCAUGGUGGUGGUUUUGGGUUAAUAUUCUUUCCAUUAGCUUAUUAUUAGAAGUAACUGUACCAUUUAGGGGGUCUUUUUGGGGGUGACUGGGUUGGGCAAUAAAAAAAUGCACUCUAGCCAUACUUAACCCUGUGUUUUUAACUUUUUAAGCUAACAUGCAUUAAUUUGCAUUGCACUUACAUCUACAUUUUACAGUCUUUUGAUUAAUUGCUCUUUAUAUUUAUUAAUUUUUAUUUGUGGAUACUGUUGGAUGUUUUAAAAUAUGCAUGAUUCUGGGGAUGAAUAAGGGGUGAACAAUAAGCUGCAAAUACUUUUAUGUCAGUGAGUCCCAUAACCUAUAGUGCCAUUAUAUUAUUUUAGUGCCAAAAUCUACUGCUUUAUGCUUUUUAAUAAAAAAGUCUGCACAAGUCAACUUAACUGCUCAGGGUACAUUUAAAAGAUAUUUAUUAUUGAUCCACAGUAAUAUAUUUGUUAUACAUUACUGUGCAAAAGUCUUGCGCCGCUUCUCAUUUUCUUAUUUUAAUUCGAAGGAGCCAAACUUUCUUGCAAUUUUUAAGUGUUUUUUGGGCAAUAGUUGUCCAGGCUUGUCUGAAGGUCUUUCAGAUUUUUUUUUCUAUGGAUUUUGGCUUUUACUUGUUUUCAGUCCAAGUCAUGUAGCUGACUAUUUUUAGAUGAGUGUUUAUUGUUUGCGAAGCCACUUAACACUGACCUAUGAAUAACUAGAGCUUAAAGGAAGACACCUAACACAAGGGAUGAACUACUGUUGUGUUUAUCACAGACAACUUUGUAAGGAACCAAUUUUAAAUUGUAUCUUAGGAACUGUUUUGCUACCAGCCGGUCUCAAAAACAUAUAAUUGUCUCCUUUUUUUUUUUUUUUUAGCCGAAUCAACAAAAAUGUCAAGGUUUACACAGUUUGACAGGCAUAAAAUUGUAUUUUUGCACCACCAAGGUUAUACGAGAAAACUUGGUAUAUGGUGUUCGGUGUGUCCUUAAAAACAUUGAGGAAACUGGACAAUCGGACAAAAGAAAUUACAGACAUAAAUAGCUGUUGGCAGCGGAUGAACAAUCUCUGUUUCUUAAAUUGUGUCCUUAAGAAAUUUGUGCUUCAUUUCAUCUACUGUUCACUGAGGCCUUAUCAGAAAUGGUCUCAGUAAAAGAGUGGCUGUCAAGAAGCCAUUCUUAAGCAAGAGAAAUGGGGAGAAAAGGCUGAGGUGUGUCUAAUUACAAAAGAAUUGGACUGAAAAUCAGUGGCAGUCUGAUGGAGUGAUGAAUCCAAAUUUUUUGGGGGGGAUCAAAUCAUCAACGGUACAAUGGCGAGUGUCUACAGCACAGUCAAGUCACUGUCAGGGUUUGGGGCUACAUUUUGGCCAGUAGUGUUGGGGAUCAGCAGACUACUUAAAGAAAUGACACACAAACUUACCUAAGAGAGUUCAGGCAGUGUUAAAGAAUAAAGGUGGUCAUACCAAAUACUGACUUUCAAACUCAGUAGAAUUGUACAAACUCUGUUUUUGCCUCAUUUGUUGUUUUUUCUCUGUAUGUUUGCAUAUUUCAAUAAAUUGCUGUCCUAUUUCCCAGUCAUAUCUUUAAAAUAAAGAGAAAUGAGGGGUGGCUCAAGACUUUUGCACAGUACUCUAUUAUUAUAACUGAUUUGCCUUGUAAAACAGUUAUUAUUCUCAAAGAUGCCAUAUAUUAGUGUGCCAUCUAUGUCUGCCUUGUGGCUUCAUUUGCCUUAUUAGCUAAUCUAUGGUAUGCCAACCUUAGCACAGAGAACCAGAGGGAUAAAACACAUUUCUACAUACAUUGAUGUUUUUGAUGCAGUGUUUCAAAGCAGUGACAUUGCAAAGCGCAUGAAGAGUUUAAAUGUUUGUCUGCUCUUUCAUAGUGAUUGCCAGCAUGAGAGUAAAGCACACCAAGUAAUUUGAAUGCCUUGCUUGAAAAUAAUGAAAACAGCAGUGUUACUAUAUAUGAAUUUGUCUUGGAAUUACAGCAACUUACAAAUGAUAAAUCCUAUAAAUUGGCCGUGUUUAUGGGUUUUUUUUCUUGCAUUCUUGAUCCUACCACAAGAAAUGUUAAAAUUUUACAUAGAGUGGUUUUUACUGACACAGUACACAGCAGCAUUUCUUCAAAUGAAUGAAUGAAUGAAGUAAAUGGAUGCAUACAUAAUUUCGUACUUCUUUUUAGUAACCUUACUUUGUCAUCUUUGUUGUGAAACCAGGAAAGCUUGUGUGAGAAUCUAACCUAUGAUAAAUAGGUUAGAUCGCAAAAUGUAAAAUAUAGCAUAUGUAUGAAGGUUUUUAAAAGGACAUUUACUUAAAAUAAGUGGUACUGUUUGACGUUUGGGGUGUGAUGGUGAAAUCCUCAGUGUGACACAACAGAGAUGUGACUGUUAAAGGGAAAGUUUUCUGUGUUAAAAUUGUUGUUUUUGUUGCUUCCCCCCCCCCCCGUGUGAUUGAGUGCUUGGCACAAUUAGAAGGUAGACUGCCAAAGAACAAAUAUUUAAUUUUCUUUAUGUAUGUGGUAUAUGUUUGCUUUUCAUGUGCCAUCUAGAGAAGUACUGUAUGUAUUGUCAUGAAUGACUUGUGUAUUUACCUGUAAUCAGACUAGGUGAAAGUCACCUACUUGACUUUUGCAUCACUGUUGAUUUUUUCAGGUUAUUCAUGUUUAAAGACCCGUUUUUCACAGUUGCAAACACUGUAUA